AAUACAUACACGAAUGCACAAUUAUACACAUGUAUGCAUAGAUUAGAUAGAUAGGUAAGCGCACACGACACGACACUUGCGAGCUAUAAUUAGCUCCAAGUUAAUGGGGGUGGGGAGAAGUAGGCAGGUAUUACAAGGGAGGCGAUCGACGGCAACAUCGAUUAUCUCCCUUCCAGUUCUCUACCAGACAUAUGUUAUGUAUGGUGAAACUGUCAGCUUGUGCGGGCGAACCCUCGACUCUACCUUCCGUCCGUUGCCCGUCACUCGUUUCAUCGCAUUUGUUUCGCGUACUGCUGGCCCUGCUGCUGGUGUUGUUGGUUGGUUUGUCGGUUCACAGUUUCAUAUCUAACCUUCCUGCUCUCUCUCAUUCCCUGUCACACAUUAUCACACACAAACACACGUACACAACCGCAGUUUCUCUCUAUCUCUUCCUCUCUCCGUCUCUCUCUUUCACAUAUAGACACACACGGAACUUACACAUAUAUACACACGGACAUUGUGACAAACGUCUAGUACCAUUCUCAUACCAGACCGACCCCUAAGUCUGUCACGAACGACCAAGCACAGUUUGACGAGACAUACACACAUAAAUUAAGUUGACAUCCGUCUGUCUUGCCAACUGUAGAACUGUCUCUAUCGCUGUACACCAACACCUCCAUCUCCACCACAUACAUACAUACAUACAUACACACAUACAUACAUUUAUACAUACAUACAUUUAUACAUACAUACAUAUAUACAUACAUAUAUUUAUACAUACAUACAUACAUACACACACACAUACAUACGUACAUACAUAUGCCACCGCCCCUAUCGCAGACCACAGCAUCAUCAUCAUCAUCAUUAACGACAUCAACAAUAUCAGCGUCAUCGUCAUCCUCUUGGAGUUUGAUAUCACCCAUCUGGUGGCUGAACAAUAUUUUUGCGAAACCAAAAUUCCUCUCUACACAGGAACUGUCAGAUUGGUUUCACUGAUUGAAGUACAACAACAACAACAACAACAACAACAAUACCAGCAACAACGCUGAACAUCAGCAGCAUCAUCAUCGCUACCAGCAUCAACACCACAGACGGAAGGAGCAAUAAAAUCGGAACGGAUUUUUAUCCUGAGAGUUAAAAGUACCUACUUUUUAAAAGUACCUCUGAGGCACUUUACCCGGAUUACGUACCCGCCUAUCCACCAGAGACAGGCACUUGUUUAUACAGGUGCGGACACACUGGACCGAACGAACUACAAACAUCACCACCACCACAUCUCCCACAAUCAUCAUCGUCAAUAACAGCAACAGCAAUACGAAGACCAGAAUGGAUUUUUACCCAUAAUCAUUGCUGUGACGAGAUCGCUACCUGUCCUUCUUAUAACCCUACCUACCUACCGACCCACCCAGUUCUUGUGUCAACCUUUAUUUAAUUAAAACUAUAGGGUCUGUGUAGUGAUGCUGAUGUGUUGCCACAGCUGGUGAGGGUUGGAUUCGAUACAAACUGGUGUUUGCAGUUAAUGUAGCUUACCACAAAGUAUCUUGGUGGUGGUUGUGGUCGUCGUCGUCAUAGGCACACAUUCUCUCUACUGACACAAGAAUAUAACCAGAAUGUUCACUAGACCAACUCCCCCAAACCACCCUGGGUGCCAGGUUCAAAGUUUAUUCCUAUAGCAGCUGUUGAUGUUUCACUGAUAAACAUCUCUAAAGAAUCUCUCCUGGAUUUUACGGCAACCAUGUUGAUAAAAGAAUAUCGCAUCCCCCUACCUCUUACGGUUGAUGAAUACCGCAUCGCACAGCUGUAUAUGAUACAGAAAAAAAGUCGAGAGGAAAGCUAUGGUGCAGGAAGUGGUGUCGAGAUCUUGGUGAAUGAGCCAUACCAAAAUGGUCCUGGAGGCUCAGGCCAGUAUACUUAUAAGAUCUACCAUAUCGGAAGUCAUCUACCAGGGUGGUUUCGCUCGAUUCUACCCAAAUCUGCUCUACGAGUAGAAGAGGAAGCAUGGAAUGCAUACCCUUACACAAAGACGCGCUACAAGUGUCCAUUUGUGGAGAAAUUCUCGUUAGAAAUUGAGACGAGAUACCAAAAUGAUGGCGGGGAACAGGAGAACAUUUUUGGUCUAGAAGAAUCUGAUAAACGUGACAGAACAAUUGACUUCAUUGACAUCGUGACCGAUGCGGUACCCGGCAGUGAAUACAAGAAAGAGGAGGACCCAACGCUUUAUCAGUCAGUGAAGACCAGCCGCGGCCCUCUGACUGAUACUUGGCGGGAAGAAUACUCAAACUAUUGUCGCAAUGGUCCAACUGCUAUCCACGCUAUAAUGACGGCUUACAAGUUGUGUAAAGUAGAGUUUAGAUACUGGGGGAUGCAGACAAAAAUUGAGAGAUUUAUUCAUGAUAUCGGUUUACGGAAAACUAUGCUUCGUGCUCACCGUCAAGCUUGGUGUUGGCAAGAUGAAUAUUAUGGGUUGACCUUGGAAGAUAUUCGUCACCUAGAAAGAGAGACACAAGCUGCACUGGCUGAGAAAAUGGCCAAUGCUAAUGACAACGUUGAACCAAUUGACAGCAAGAAGCUGACCAUGCCUAAAACCAGCACAACAGAUAUACCUCUGACCUCGUCUCAUUCUUCUGAUGCCAUUCACAGCUGUCUUUCAAAGACAUCACCAUACGCUAGUAUUCCGGACCAUCUGUCAAAUACAGACACAUUGACCUCAACUCACUCUUUUGGAUCUAAAAAGUCUGUUGCAGAUCAGGAAAACCAGUCAACUGAUUCCACACAUGAAAUCCAAAGGGAUUCGAACCGAAAUUUGUCCGACUGGCGCUUAGAAAGUCUCGAACAACUCCAGGAAUCAAGUUCCGAUGAUGAUGAGUUCUAUGAUGCCCUUGAACAAUGGGACAGUCUGUCGUUAAAUCGAGAGAGGCCAUACCUAACAUGCACCCUGGCAGAAUCAUGGGACAGUCUGGCCCAAGGCAGACAUAGGCCCCACUUAAUGCACUCAACAUCUAUGGAGCUAAUAACCUCUGCUGAUGAGAUGAAUAAAGACUUAAGAUUGAAAGGAACUUCAUUUGAGCGUAAAAUACAAGAGUACACAAUAAGGUCACCUGAUCCACUUCUAAACACACCUGUAAACAGCAAUUUGAAGAAAUGUUCAGAUGUCCUCUUUAUUGUGAUGUAUGGAGGUUGUCUCCUGGAAGCAGGCCAAGAAUUCCCGACCAUUCGUGCUGAUUAUGCCACUUUAAAGAACACUUUUGACUCUGUCAUCAAAGCUCACUACCCUAGCAUCAAGAACCAUGUUUCAUUCCGGUUACUUUCAUGUCCUCCCAUUUGUGCUGAAUCACUCAACAUGCUCUCAGGUUUGAGCCCCUAUUCCGCAGAGUCUACAACCGGGAAAGAUGGAGAAGUAAACCCAACAAUGACCCAGGAAUUCAUUCCUCUUGGCGCCAUUGCUUUAUUUGCCUCAUCCAAUAUUGACUUUGAGGACAGUGUGACUUCAGUGAUCACCAAGGCUAACCACGUGUAUCAGGAAUUCCUUCAAUCCGAUGAGGGUAAAGGUUUCACUGGACAGGUGUGUUUGAUUGCUGACAGCACCAGCUCACUACUGGCAUAUGACGCCCUCUGUCGAACAUCAGUCAAGGAACAGCGCAACAGUUGUAGAUAUGGCAGUCAUGCCAGUAUAUAUGACGGAACAGACGGAAUCGACGGCCGUCAUUCACAAACAUACAGUGAAUACCAAGGUAGUCCCGAUAGCACCUCAUAUCCCCACGACAACGGAACACCGUCUCCCAUUAGCAAUGAUGUUUUCACUCAUGACAUCGACACCGCUGCAGCUGCCAGUGGUGUCAGUGGUAAACCCUGCCAGCAGAACACCAGCGGUAGUCGAACGUUCUCGCAGCAUCUGUCAGUGCAAGGUACACAGAUGAGCAGCAGCAGUAGUUCACACACAACUCAGCGGACGAGCAGUAGUAGUCACUGUGAAGCAAACCAGAAUGCCAUUCGUUUAGGAUUUGAAGUCUCAGAAUUCUUCAUGUUUGGAGCACCACUUGGACUUGUUUUGGCUUAUAGAAGGAACGUACCACCAGUCCGACCCACCUGCAACCAACUGUACAAUCUAUUCCACUCCCAUGAUCCCUCAGCUGUCCGACUGGAACCUCUCGUACAUGACAACUUCAAGUUUAUUUCACCAAUCAAGAUACCUCGACACAGCAAAUUCCCCCUUGGUCUCGCGGAACCUGUACAUGUAGUUGAAAGCAUCCAAGCAAAUAUGAAAUUGUUCAUAAACAAGCCACGCCAGUCAGUGUCUCCCUGUCACAUGCCUCUCCACCGCCAGACCAGUUGCUCCAGUAUUUGUAGUCAAGCAUCAAUUCUUGAUGAAGCAACAGUUUCUACUAUAACCAAUGUAACGAACCGCUGGUGGGGUAACAAACGACUGGAUUAUGCCUUAUAUUGUCCAGAAAUUCUACAUUCAUUCCCCACUAGUGCUUUACCUCAGUUGUUCCACUCCAGUUUCUGGGAAUCAAGUGAUGUUGUGUCAUUCAUUCUCAGACAGGUGUUUUCUCAAGAUGUCCUCAAUGGAUCAGAACCAGAUGUAGAAAUUGGUGCCGUGAAGAAAUUUUCACCAUCAAAGCCCUGUGAAAAGUGGCUGAAAAGGAGGACCACUAUUAAAGUUCGGAAUCUACAGCCCAACCAUCGAGCUAAUGAUGUAUUGGUCCUUGAGGAUGUGGAACAAGUAUUGACUGCCAAAUUUUCAUAUGGACCCCUAGACAUGAUCUCACUAUCUGGAGAGAAGGUUGAUAUUUAUGUAAUGACGGUGCCGCCAUCUGGGGAUUGGGAUCACCUUGGUCAUGAACUGACAGACAACCAUGGACGCUUGACUUACACCAUUCCAAAAGAGAAAAGGAUCACACAAGGGAUUUAUCCCAUUAAAAUGAUUGUCAGAGGUGACCAUUCCACUGUGGACUUUCAUUUAGCAGUACUACCCCCAAAGACUGAAGCAGUCGUUUUCAGUAUUGAUGGCUCAUUCACUGCAAGUAUGUCCAUUAUGGGCAAAGACCCGAAAGUUCGAGCCGGAGCAGUUGAUGUUGUUCGCUAUUGGCAAAACCUUGGUUACCUAAUACUCUAUGUCACUGCUCGUCCUGACAUGCAACAUAGGAAGGUUGUAUCAUGGCUGGCGCAGCACAAUUUCCCCCAUGGAAUGGUAGGGUUCAUGGAUGGAUUGUCUAAAGAUCCCUUAAGACAGAAGCUCAACUUCCUCAAAACGUUUAAAGAAGAUACACAGUUGCUGUUCAGGGCAGCAUAUGGCUCAGCCAAAGAUAUUGGUAUUUACAAAGACCUAGAAAUUUCCCAACAACAGAUAUUUAUUGUGGGCAAAGUCUCUAAGAAGCAUUACAGUCAGGCUCAGGUAAGGUAUCCUAAUGUAGCUUUUCAGGUGACCGUUCUUGAUUUAUGUAUUUCAGAUCUGAUAGAAUAUAUAUAUAUUUUCUGCUGUAUCCUGUAGAGCAAGGAUCCCUGA